UUACCCCCUAGUCACCAAUCACUGUCAAAUCCAUUAUAAAGUUUUUAUCUUUAUGUCGUCAUAAAAUCAAUAGAGAGUUUCCGAUCGCCGACGCAGCUAGGACGGGGGCGUUUCCGAGGCCUGGAAAUAGCGCGGCCGUUCCGUCCUCCUGCACAUGUAAAAAAAUCAGAUUCCGAUUUUACGACGGGGACGUGCAUUGGCGCCAAAAUUAAACCAGCUAAAAUGGACGACAUGCUGUAUUUAUUGCACGAUGAGGGCGAUAUCGACGACGAAGAGCUGCUUCUUCUAUUAGAUGACCACCCGAAAAACUUGCACGUUGGCCUUCCGUAUUUUAAGUACGAACGUUUUAAUGAUUUUGAUAUGCGAGAAGACGAAUGUGAAGUGGAAUUUCGCUUCAAAAAGGAUGACAUUUUUAGACUUGCAGCUGCUUUGCGCCUCCCGGAAAUAUUCAAGCGUCAGAAUGGUGUGGUGGUAGACGAAAUCGAAGCCUUGUGCAUCGCCCUAAAGAGAUUUGCUUACCCAUGCAGACUUGCUGAUCUCAUCCCUCGUUUUGGUAGGCCUGUAUCACAACUCUGUAUGGUCGUAAAUCUCGUGAUUGACCAUAUCUUCGACAGAUUUGGAUACCUCCUUGCCAACCUUGAUCAGCCAUUAUUGUCACGCCACAAUCUGAAGGUAUAUGCAGAUGCCAUUCAUCAGAAAGGUGCUGCAUUAGACAACUGUUGGGGUUUCGUGGAUGGAACAGUCAGGCCCAUUUGCAGACCAAACCAGGAUCAAAGGGCUGUCUAUAACGGCCAUAAAAGAGUGCACGCAAUCAAGUUCCAAUCGGUAGUGGUACCUAAUGGACUUAUUGCAAACCUCUUUGGUCCAGUUGAAGGAAGAAGGCAUGACAGUGGCAUCCUGGCAAUGUCAGGUCUUUUAAAUCAGUUGGAGCAACAUUCCUUUACACCUGAUGGCCAGCCUUUGUGCAUCUAUGGAGAUCCUGCAUAUCCUCAAAGAGUUUUUCUCCAAUGCCCCUUCGCAAGAAGACCAAACCUCACUGUUCAAGAGCAAGCCUUCAAUCAAUCCAUGAGGAGGGUUCGUAUUUCUGUUGAAUGGGUGUUUGGUGAUAUUGUGAAUUAUUUUAAAUUCACAGACUUCAAGAAAGAUCUGAAGAUUGGCCUCAGUGCAGUUGGAAAGACUUAUGUUGUUUGUGCCCUACUACGCAAUGCACUUACUUGCCUGUAUGGGAACAACACAUCUGCUUUUUUCAAUCUGCAGCCACCACUUCUUGAAGAAUACUUCAGAUAA